AACCAGAAACGGAGAAACUGCGUGAAAAUAAAAACCAGUAACGAAAAAAGUGUAAAUAUGAAAAUUCAAUUAAUUUUCUCAAAAUUUUAAAUAUCAAGAUACUUCUAUUAAUAACCGACCAUCGCCGAUGUCGACGACGGAAAUUCCGCCGGAGAAUCAUCACGACUCGCCGUCGGCAGCCGCUCCUACGCCGGCGGCCACCCAGGCAAAGCACCUCAAAAAGAUCUCAGCGAUACCUGUUCGCCGGCCGGCGACGGAGGAUGAAGGUGGAGGGGGUGAAAGAACGGAAGCGGGGGACGGCGGAGAGGAGAAGCCGCCGGCCUCAUGCGCCGAAGGCUCGAGAAGCUCGGAAUCGCCGGUGAUUUUAGCUGCGUCGUCGUUAGGGCUGAAUCACAUCAGGACGAAAUCAGCUCCGUCGCCGUCGCCUCUUAGGUUCUCUUCGUCUUUGGCUACGCCGUUGAAUCUGUCGGGUUUGGGCGAGAAGGACGCGAUCGCGAUGGAGAAAGCCAGGGUUGCGUACGCCGAUGCUCGAGUGAGAUGGCCGAUUCCUCCGCAUCAGUCAGGCUCCGCCGAUCAAGGGAAAAAGGUUCCUUGGAGCCAAUCAAAAUCUCAAAGGGGGCCAACAAAUUUCAAUCUAGGGUUAGAGAGUUCUCAUGUAGCUUUUGCCAAGGAAAUUCAGUCUCCACGUUUUCAGGCAAUAUUGCGUGUUACGAGUGGACGGAGAAAAAAAGCUCCUGACAUCAAGAGCUUCUCUCAUGAACUCAAUUCUAAGGGAGUGCGGCCAUUCCCUGUCUGGAAAUCCCGAGCAUUCGGGCACAUGGAGGAGAUUAUGGUAGCGAUCAGAGCAAAGUUUGAUAGAUUAAAGGAGGAAGUCGAUGCUGAUUUAGGAAUCUUUGCUGGGGACCUAGUGAGUACUCUAGAAGGCACCCCGGUAUCCAACAAAGAAUUGAGAGUCGGCCUGGAGGACCUGUUAAUUGAGGCUCGGCGAUGUGCAACAAUGCCAGCUAGUGAGUUUUGGGUGAAAUGUGAAGCUAUCGUACAGAAACUGGACGAUAAACGUCAGGAGCUACCAAUGGGGGUCCUCAAACAGGCUCAUAAUCGUCUUCUUUUUAUCCUCACUCGUUGCAAUAGGCUUGUGCAAUUUCAAAAAGAGAGUGGUUAUGCCGAAGAGCACAUCCUGGGCAUGCACCAAUUAAGUGAUCUUGGUGUUUACCCAGAACAGGUUUUAGAAAUUGUGCAACAGCAAGAGCUUAAUAGAGAGAGGGAAACCAAUGGAAAGCAGAAGAAGAGUGAAAAACAAAAUAUAUCUGAUCAGCAAGACCAUCUUGAUCAGAAUUUAACAAGUUGUGAAACAGAUGGGAUGGAAGUAAAUACUGCUAGAAGUACGGAUUCAACUUCAAGCAACUACCGGAUGUCAUCAUGGAAGAAACUUCCAUCAGCUGCUGAGAAAAAUCGUAAAGGUGAUAAUGUUGGCACACCUGUCAAGAGUAAGGCGGAGAAUAAAACUGAACCAAAAGUUCAUGGUGAUGAACAUCCUGAACAUGUGUACAGCCCAUCAGGUCAACCUGCAUCCUCUGGCAGAAAUGCUGCGUGGAGUUUCUGGGCAGACCAUCAAUGUGUGACUUAUGAUAAUUCCAUGAUUUGUCGUAUCUGCGAGGUUGAAAUACCAGUUGUCCAUGUGGAAGAGCACUCUCGAAUAUGUACAGUUGCUGACAGAUGUGACUUGAAGGGUUUAGAUGUGAACUUAAGACUCGAAAGAGUUGCAGAAAGUCUUGAAAAGAUUCUUGAGACAUGGACACCAAAUUGCAGCGAGACCUCAAGAGCAAGUUCUGAUAAUGCAAGGGUGUCAGCAUCUAGUAGACAGGAAUAUUCCGAUGGAAUGUCUCCCAAGCAGAACAAUAUAUCUCAAAGAUGCUCUGUUGACAUGUUCGAUUUUGUUCCUGGUUCAGAUAAUACAUUUCCCUUAGAUGACAAUAACAUCGUAAAUGAAUUGUCAUCUGAUGGAGCAAAGGGCUCAUCAGCACCAAGGAAAAACCAAAUAGAAUUGCUACUGAGUGGUCGAAGAACGAUAACUGAACUCGAGAAUUAUCAACAGAUAAACAAAAUGCUAGAGAUUGCUCGGUCUGUAGCAAAUGUGAAUCUUUGCGGAUAUAGUUCGUUGGAUUACAUGAUUGAGCAGUUGGAUGAGCUAAAGUACGUCAUUCAGGAUAGGAAGGCAGAUGCACUGGUGGUAGAAACGUUUGGAAGACGGAUAGAGAAGCUACUGCAGGAGAAGUACAUUCAGCUGUGUGGCCGGAUAGACGACGAAAAAGUAGACUCGUCAAUUACCAUGGCGGAUGAAGAGAGCUCAGUAGAUGAAGAUACCGUGCGUAGUCUUAGGGCAAGUCCACUUAAUCCACGUGCUAAAGACAGAACAUCUAUAGAAGAUUUUGAAAUAAUAAAACCAAUAAGCCGGGGUGCAUUUGGAAGAGUAUUUCUGGCAAGAAAAAGGGCAACAGGUGAUUUGUUUGCAAUAAAGGUUUUGAAGAAGGCAGAUAUGAUCCGUAAGAAUGCUGUUCAGAGCAUUUUAGCUGAGCGUAACAUCCUUAUAUCAGUUCGCAAUCCCUUCGUGGUCAAGUUUUUCUAUUCCUUCACUUGCCGAGAAAAUCUUUAUCUGGUCAUGGAGUAUUUAAAUGGGGGAGAUCUAUUUUCCUUAUUGAAAAAUCUCGGUUGCUUGGAUGAAGACAUGGCUCACAUCUAUGUUGCAGAAGUUGUUCUUGCACUGGAGUAUUUGCAUUCUUUAAAUAUCAUUCAUAGAGACUUAAAGCCAGACAAUUUACUGAUCGGCCAGGAUGGUCACAUCAAGUUGACAGAUUUUGGGCUUUCCAAGGUUGGUCUUAUCAACAGCACAGAUGACUUAUCAGGUGCUCCUAUGGGCAGCAGCGGUGUUUUAACAAACGAUGGACCAAAAGCUCCCCAUUCAUCGAGCAAAGAUACUCGUAAAAAGCACUCUGCUGUUGGAACUCCUGAUUAUCUGGCACCUGAAAUACUUCUUGGAAUGGGACAUGGUAAAACUGCUGAUUGGUGGUCGGUGGGUGUCAUUCUUUUCGAGCUGCUCGUUGGUAUUCCUCCCUUCAAUGCUGAAACACCACAGCAAAUUUUUGAGAAUAUAAUCAACAGAGAUAUACCAUGGCCUAGUGUUCCGGAGGAGUUGUCUUAUGAAGCAUACGAUUUGAUCGACAAGCUGUUGACUGAGAAUCCUGUUCAGAGACUAGGAGCAACAGGGGCUGGAGAGGUUAAGCAACAUCCUUUCUUCAAGGAUAUCAAUUGGGACACGCUUGCUCGGCAAAAGGCUAUGUUUGUACCAGCAGCCGAACCUCAUGACACUAGUUAUUUUAUGAGCCGGUAUAUAUGGAACCCAGAAGACGAAAAUGUUCACGGGGGCAGUGAUUUUGACGAUCUGACUGACACUUGCAGCAGCAGCUCCUCCUUCAACACACAGGACGAAGAUGGUGAUGAAUGUGGUAGCCUGGCAGAUUUUGGCGGUCCGAAUCUUGCAAUGAAUUAUUCCUUCAGCAAUUUCUCCUUCAAGAACCUCUCUCAGUUGGCUUCGAUCAACUAUGAUCUUGUCCUAAAGAACGCGAAGGAGUCUACAGAAUCCACAAACCCGUCUGCUCCUUAGAAGCAGAACCAGAUUCUUUACUUGGUAUAUAUAUUAUUGGCUCCAUCUCCCACUGGAUUAAAAGUGGAUUCGAACCAUUGCACGAAAACAAAUGUUCAACAAGAGAAGAGUUCAUCUGAAGUUCCGAACCAUCUUUUUCAAAGCUUUCGACUUCUACCGAAGAUUCUUCAGACUCAGUUAUGUACAUAAAGGUCCAUCUCUCUUUCAUAAGUGUCUCUACGCAUGACAUGUUGCUUCGAGCAGCGAAGAAGACUCGUGGAGAUUCUCGCAGCUUUUUUUGAGAUUUUUUCCAUCUGCACAAGAGGCAAAUCCCCAAGAACUGAAACCGUGAAGCCUCAAAUCAUUCGGAUACUGAAAAAACAUAGUAGAAUACACUAUACAUUAGAUUUCUUUUCAUUCAUUUCGCCUAUACUUGUGGAAAAGAACGUAUGUAGUGGAAUCGGGAUCUUAGUUUCAUCCUAAUUUGUCUGAAACUUAUGACAGCGAAACCGUUACAGUUUUGCUCAA